AUGGCGAGAAAACGGCCAUAUGGUGUUUAUAUCUUCUUGUUUCUCUCCACGCUAUCGCUUGCAGCUCACGCGAUAGAACCCGUACCGGAGCAUCGGGACGUUCAGAAACCGUUCGGUGUACGACACGGCGAUAUAUUAAACGAUGUUAUCGAUAAUCAAGAUCAACCCGAGGGAGCUGAAUCCCAACAAUAUGUCACCGAGGCCCUCGAGCUCUUAAAUACCAUCCGUCCACCCCUAUCCAAUUCAAGACGCAAGGAUUCAACAUCGUAUUGGAUUCAUCAGGGUCUAUACUGGCUCCAGACGACGCUGGAUUUCUUAUUCGUUGCCAAUGUUCCGACACAGGAAGAACCGUUGAAUGGAGAGGCUCGAAGUGCUCCGGCACAGAUGAGCAAAACGCUCCUUGAGGCGGAGAAUCUACUUAUGAGGGCUUUGUCGAUGAAAAACCCGGAUGCGAUGUAUCUGUUGGCGGAAAUGAACUUCUAUGGCAAUUGGUCGCACCCAAGGAAUACCGCAACAGCAUUUGGUUUCUACAAAGAACUGGCAUCUCUUACGGGAAACAGUACGGCUCAAAGCAUGCUUGGCUUUUUGUAUGCGACUGGCUAUGGUGGCAUCAUACAAAAAGACCAAGGCAAGGCAUUGUUGUAUCAUACAUUCGCUGCCCUCGGAGGGAAUGCUCGAUCAGAAAUGACGCUAGCCUACCGAUACCAUGCUGGAAUCGGCGCACCUAGGAAUUGCGAGGAAGCAGCAUUCUUCUACAAACGAGUCGCCGACAAGGCAAUGGCUUAUUACCAUUCCGGGCCACCAGGUGGUCACUAUCUUCCACGCAACAACCAUAAAAUCGUCGACGAAAUAGGUGGUACCUAUGGCGCUGGGGCUAGCGUUGGACACACCGGCCGAUUAUCAAAAAGAAACGAUCAUAAUUCGCUCUCCUUAAUCGACGAUAUCAUUGAGUACCUCUUACUGCUAAGCAACAAAGGAGAUCUAGCUGCAACCCAGCAGCUUGCCAAACUGUAUUACGACGGGCCUAGAGGGCUCGCUCGUGACCUUAGGAAGGCUCGGGAUCUGUACUUCCAGUUGGCUAAGAAGAUGUGGACUAAGGAUGGUAAAGAGGUCAAAGAUCCAUCAGAUACCGUCAUCGAGGUUGCUGCGAAGGCAGCAGGGCACCUUGGGAGGAUGUACUUGAGAGGAGAAGCCGUUCCCCAGGAUUUUGCCCUCGCGAGGAGAUGGUUUGCGAGGGGCUUGAAAUAUUCCGAUACAGUAUCACAGCACGGGAUGGCUUAUCUCUACGAGCACGGUCUUGCAGGCUUGGAGAAAAAUGCGGAGAAAGCAACCAAACUCUAUAAGUCAGCGGCCGAGGAUGACCAUGGUGCGGCCCAAGUUGCUAUUGGUAAAAUCUUCUACGGCAAAGGCGAGUACGCUAUCGCGAACAAGUGGUUUGAGUUAGCUACGCGCCAUGGCGAAGUUGAAGCAUAUUACUACCUAGCAGAGAUCAAUAACCAAGGAAAUGGGCGAGAAAGGAGCUGUGGUAUGGCCACGCUAUAUUUUAAGCACGUUGCCGAGAAGGUAGAGGCUCUGCAAGCACCGCUUGAAUGGUCCCACCGGAUGUAUAAGAGCGGCAACAAGGACGUAGCUAUCAUUGGAUUCAUGAUGGCGGCAGAACAAGGCUAUGAGAGUGGCCAGGCGAAUACUGCUUACCUACUCGACCAAUUGAAGAGUCGAUUUCCGUUGGAUUGGUGGCGUGUCAGGCACAGUGAUGCCUUGGAUGAAGAGUUGGCCUUGAUGUAUUGGACGAGAUCCGCUAAGCAGCAGAAUAUCGACAGUUACGUCAAAAUGGGCGACUACUAUCUUGCCGGGGUGGGAACUGAAGCAGACGCUGAGAAGGCUGCGGCUUGUUAUACUGCUGCAUCCGAGUUCACGCAGAGCGCACAAGCAUUGUGGAAUCUUGGUUGGAUGUAUGAGAACGGAAUCGGUGUCGGACAGGACUACCACCUUGCGAAACGGUAUUAUGACCAAGCGUUGGAGACGAAUACCGAAGCAUACCUACCGGUUACGCUAAGUCUAGUGAGGUUGAGAGUAAGGAGCUUUUGGAAUACUGUUACCGGUGGAUCAAUUAAUGCUAUUGGGUCGGAUCCGGAGCCGGAGAAAAAGGUAACUGUGAUGGAGUGGCUAAAGCGGUGGUUUUCCGACGAGAAGCCUCAGUAUACACAUAAUAGGCCUGGGGAGUUCGCGGACCAAGAGGCGGAUGCCGCACAUGGCGGUCAGGAUGGUGAUAAAGCUCAUCAGGCAGACCCGGGACAUGAGUUUUACGGGGAUGAGGACGAAGAAUUCGUGGAGAAUAUGGUAAUCCUGGGAGUCAUGUUCGUGAUUGCAGGUUUGAUAUGGUACAGGAACUGGAGGGCACAGCAACGAGACCAACAACGAAGAAGGGCUGGACAGGCACCAGCGCAAGGGCCUGGUAACGGACACGCUCCGGCUCCCCCACCCGGACCCCAGCCCCCACCAGGAUUCCAGGGGUUUGAUCCAAGGAAUAAUGCCUGGCAUGUUCCGCCACCCGCUGGCCAAUAA